CCACAAUUCGUGUAACAGGUCAUUGAAUACACAAAAUAGCUGCUCCAAUUGAUACGAGAUUGAACAUCGUAAAAACGACACGAAAAUCCACAAACCACACGACAGGAUUUUGAGUGGAAUACAUUUGUCCAAAAGCUAAGCUUUGAGAGCCACAAGUUAAUGAGGAAGUGGGUGUCUGGUCAAGUGGCCCAUUAUGAAAAUACCACCUUGUCUAAAAAGAAACGCGUGGGUGAAAUGAAAAUCAACAAUUCGUCUGCCACGGAGUGCAAUUGUGCGGUGAACAUUUUGGUAUAAUUGACCAAGAUAGCAGAGAAGAACAAGAAAAAAAGCUGUGAGAGAGAGCGUGAUGAUAAGUAUUUGGCGGGGGUUUCCAUGGGAAUUGCGACAACAAACAAUAAAUAGUGUAGGGCUGUAGCAAAGAGAGGGUGGAAUAAAUUAAGGGAGUCUCGUGCUGGCAAAUAUGAGAGAGACUUCCUCAUGCUGACGACGAGAGUUUAGUUCUUUGCCAACACUUCUUGGGUCCGUACAUACGGUCAGACACUGGGGACACAAUGGGGCAAAAGUGAAAAAAAGGAUAUCAGGAAAUUGCGUGAAUUAUUGUAGUUACGGAAGUUACGGAAAAAGUGGCGGUCAAAAUAACACAUCGUAACUACGCAAAAAAAUAAUUUCCUAUAACCAUCAUGAGACUUCCCAUCUCACUGAUGACCAUCAUUUCAGUGGGAUGGAACUUUCAGCCAAACACCCAAGUGACUGGUGAGGAAAACAGUGUCUACCUGUUCAAGAGUGUUGAGAGUUGCAAAAAGGGUGAAUAUUUCGAUGUGAACUACUUAAAAUGCAAGAAAUGUGAAAGUGAAUUGAAUUUGGUACCAUCGAAGGAUCGUCUCACAUGCGAAUGCUACCCUAAAGAGUUGGAGCGCAUUGAAUAUGACAAUGUCCUUCAGCAAUCGAUUUGCGAUCGGAAAUGCAAGAAAUCCACCAAUGAAACGAAUUCUUGUGACGAUGGUGGCCACUGUGGCCUUCACUAUGUCAAUCAGACCAAUUUAAGUCAUCAGGUGAGACAUAUCCAAAUUCUAGGGGCAUUCCCUCCACCAGCCAACUGUACAUGCAACUACAAGCAUUCAUCGCUAUAUCGCAACAUGUAUUGCAUUCCCAAUCACUUGCUAAAAGAUUAUGCCAAUUAUGGGCAUUUUCGACUCGGAACGGUGACUGAGGAUCUUAUGUACCUGACCUUCUUCUGCCACACUCUCAAACGAUGGAAGGAGUGCAAUCAUUUGGCUAAUCUGUGUGCCCUUUCCCUCUACAAUCUCGACCGACCAUCUGCCUGUUUUCUCUUCUUCGCCACCCAAACACCCGAUAUCACAUCCACCAACGAUCUCAGUGAGAAGACAAUGCCACCACUCUUCUAUCGUCGUGGAAGAAAUUCCAUCGAGGAACUGGAUAAAAUUCUGGACUUCUCCUUUGACGUCCAAGAAGGAGACACCGUAAACUUUACAGCCCUCCAAUUCACGUUGGAUGGACAAUUGAAGCAAUUUCGUCCGGUCAAUGUCCUUCGUGAGCUCAAUCUCUGUCCCACAUCUCGUCGGGAAGUCCUUUUUGGGCGGAGUUUCUCGCUUUCGUGUAAAGUGCCAAUGGAAGAUGUCGUACUAGAUGGAAAUUCCCAACUAAUUUUUAGCACUCUCUUUGUCAACUACAUCGAGAAAAAAAUGCCACUAAUCCGAAGUAUUCCAGUGCUAAUCAGAAACUCUCCCAAUUCCAAUAUGAAUGACAAUCCCGAAGCAUGGCAAUUGGUAAGGAGAUUCUUCACAGUAGACCUAGUUAGUGGCCUUCGCAGUAACUAUAUUCCCAAAAUUUACGAAGAAGAUCGACUUCAGGAUAAAUUUGACUUCAUACGCUAUCUCAUCAGUGUCGAGCUUAGGUUCAGGGUAAAGACUGAGAGCAAUAAACUCUCAACUCCACUUCUCAUCCUCAAAUACGGAGAGUACAAUACGAGCCAACAAGAUAUUCAUCCCACCAUUGACUUCCAUUUCUCUGUGACCUUUUCCAAAAGCUUCAACUUCCAAUCUCUCUUGGAGAUUCUUUUGCCCAUUUUCAUCCUCUUGGCUUUUGUUCUGGCCAUCUUUGAGGCGAUUGCUUACAAAACACGCCAGCAUAAGCUCAUCUAUGACCUCGAUGUCUUUGGCAAAUUCAUUGUGUUUCUGCUAUCAAAAAUUGGAACAGCUCUCUUUGCCAUUGUCAUCAUCAUUUGCCUUUACAUCCAUCUCACAUUCAAGUCCCAAAAGCAAAUCCAACUUCUUCUCCCACUUCCUGUUGAGCAACUGCUAAAAAUUCUCACAGGAAUCGCUUUGAUACUCAAAUCUAUCAAAUUGGCUCAACAUCUCUGGCAAAUUGCACACAUUGACAUCUUCUUCAUUGACUGGGAACGUCCCAGAAUCUUUGAGAAUCGCAAUCAACUGGAUACACCUUCAGUUUGCAGUGGAUCCGUCACGGCCAGAUUAGCAUCUCCAUGUGAAAGUAUUUCAGCAUGGAGAAGUUACUUUGUGGCCAAUGAAUGGCAGGAACUUACAACCACUCGAAAGAUUUCCAUGUUCAUUCAUCUGGUGGGAUUAAUUUGGAUCUUACUGAUCGUAAAAGCAGAAAAUUUUGCCUCAAGAAAUUUUUUCUUCCAUCUCUGGCCAUCUAAAGAUCCUCCCGAUGGGAUUCUGCUCAUGUCAACGGGAAUUCUGGCAUUCACCUUCAUCUACAUUGUUCAGAGGAUUUUCAAUUUUGUCAUCUGGGAGAGAUAUUUUAAGAAUCCUAUUCAGCAAUUUAUUGAUGUGUGUUGCAUAGCAAAUGUUUCGGUUUUUAUACUUCGUCUUGAAUCCUACGGAUACUAUAUACACGGUAGAUCGCCCCAUGGCUUUUCAGACACCGACAUCUGCUCAAUGAUCCUUCAGUUCCGGCAGGAAGAACGAGGACAGAGAGGUCUCACUCCAGGAUCUGAAUUACAAACAUAUUCUCUGCUAGCUCCAAGGAAUUUAAGGGUCUUCUACGAUAGAUUGAUUCUUCCCUUGCAGCAUCCUCCUCAGAUAAAUGAAUACGUCACAAAAGGUUACGAGGGGAAUUUUGAGAGAACCAUUCUUACUUACUACAGCAUUAAUCGCUUCUUCGGAGCCUUUAUCGAUCACGCUCUUAAGGAUCUUGAUUACAUCGUGAAAGAAAAGACUAUCUUGGAAAAACUACUCAACUGCGAGUUUGAAGCCAUUCUUUCAGAAAAUAAAGGAAUAUUUUAUGUGGACAACAGACACUCCUUUGAUGAGAUCCUCUUCUAUGGAAGUGAAUUACUCUUUUUCCAAUUUGAACUCAUUCUCUUCGUAUUUAUCAUUGGAAUAUCGCACAAUUUUCUUCUAGCAAUUGUAGCCGUUGGGAUUAUAUACAAGCUCUUGAAACUUCUUAUGGCUCAAACAACAAAGCACAAUUUAGCUAAAAAGACUUUAAUAGACAAGAGAUUUCUCAUGUGAAAGAAUCACUGACUGUACAAAUUAUAAUGGUUGUGGUGAGAUUGAUUAUUGAAAUUCAAUAAAAUAUAUUUUUUCGUCCUAAA